CUCCGGAGCUCCGUGCGGAGCCGCCACUUGCUGCAGAGUGGAUGCAGAGUUCAGCCCCCGUGGUCCCCCGCUCCCCCCGGCCACAGCUCUGAUUCAGCACCAGAGGAUGGAUCUCUAUCACCUGGCUCUUCUCUGCGGGGCUCUGCUGUUUGUCUGGGAAAUCCCCUGUUUUCAAACUCUUGCUAUUUUCCCUCCGAAAAGCAGCAAGGUGACGAGGAUUUUUCAUGAUCAGGAAUCUUCAAAGUACUUUAAGGAGUUCCACGCGUCGCCAUCCAUCGAGAGAAACAAUAAAGCAGCAUCUAAAGAGUCCAUAGAGCCUCAUGACUACAUGAUGUCUAUUUACCAGACCUUCUCCACGGCGGAGAGACUGGGACUUAAUGCAAGUUUCUUCAGGUCUUCUAAAGCUGCAAACACUAUUGCAAGUUUUGUGGACAGUGGACAAGAUGACCUCCCACUCUCCCCACUGAGGAGACAGCAGUAUCUGUUCGACGUCUCAACACUCUCCAAAAAGGCGGAGGUGCUGGGAGCCGAGCUCAGGAUAUACACCAAAGUGUCUGGGAAUUUCAGGAUAUCAGAAACAGAGCCUGUGGACAUCCAGCUCCUCUCCUGCCACGACCGGCGGCUGCUCAACUCCAAAACUCUGGACCUGCAGGGCUCCCAAAGGCCCAAGUGGGAGGUGUUGGACGUGUGGGAAAUAUUCAAAGAGCAGCAGCACCUGAGCCAGGGGAAGCACUUCUGCCUGGAGCUCAGGGCCACGCUGGACAACCCUGAGAGGGAGCUGGACCUGCAGCUCCUGGGCCUGCACAGGCACGGCAGGCCACAGCAGAAGAAAGCCAUCUUGGUGGUGUUCACCAGGUCUAGGAAGAGGCAGACCCUCUUCAGUGAGAGGAGAGGGGGGAGAGCGUUGCUGGGUCUGGAGAGGAAAGCCAAAGAGAGAGGCCCCGGUGGCGGUGCCAAGGCCAGCAGGAGAAGGAGGACGGCCGCCUCCAAAACCCGCCACGGGAAGAGGCACGGCAAGAAGUCCAAAUCCAGGUGCAGCAAGAAACCGCUGCACGUGAACUUCAGAGAUCUGGGCUGGGACGACUGGAUCAUCGCCCCGCUGGAUUAUGAAGCAUACCACUGCGAGGGGUUGUGUGACUUCCCCCUGCGCUCCCACCUGGAGCCCACCAACCACGCCAUCAUCCAGACUCUAAUGAAUUCAAUGAACCCCAGCAACAUGCCCCCCAGCUGCUGCGCCCCGUCCAAACUCAGCCCCAUCAGCAUCCUGUACAUCGACUCAGGAAACAACGUGGUGUACAAACAGUACGAGGACAUGGUGGUGGAGUCCUGUGGCUGCAGGUAGUAGACCAGGCUGCACCUCCAUGUUGGUCAGGCUGUCAGGGCAGCAUAACAGUCUGUGUGAUGACAGGCUGACCCCUGAAAUGAGAAAAACUAAGUGAUGCAUUUCCUAACCAUGCACCCAAGGAGGUCAUGUCUAAUACCUCAAACUCUUUUUCUGUGUGUACUUGCCACUUAAACACAGUGACUGCAUAUUGAUGCACAUAUGGUAAGAUACAUGUGUUGUGUGAGUCUUCGGUGAUACCAAAUACAAAUACACUUAUUGGCAAAUACACUUAUUCAACUUCUUGCAGGGAUUUAGAUGGUUGAGACCACUCAAAUGUCAAUAUGAAGCUACGGCUAGCAACUCGUUAGCUUAGCUGAGCACACAGACUGGAAACGGAGAACUAGCCCUCAUUUUAUCACCUUGGUUUUGCAGGCAUUAAACUACAUAUAUAAUGUAUUAGUUAGUUUACUUUAAAGCUACGCGUUGGCGUAUCCUGUUACCUUGGAGAGAGCCAGGCUAGCUUCCCAUUUUUUGUCCAGUUGCUAAGCUAAGCUAACCAUCUCUAUAAUGCAGCUCUUUAUUUACCGUACAGAAUUAAGAGUGGUAUUGAUCAUCUUGUUUUUAAAUGUAAAACCAUGCCUUUAAAAAAGAGACAUAUUAAAUAUUUCCCAUUUAAGGAUCAAUGAUAUUGUUAUCUUGAAUAUAUUAUUUACAUUGCAAAUAUAAAACAAUUGAUGCUGCUUUUUGUCCUUUUAACACCCAUGAAUUGGCUUGUGGGACUCUAGCAUUAUGUUUAACUGUCAUGGACUGCUAGUACUAUGAUCAUUUUCAAGAAUAUACAUUUUUGAUAUAUGUUGUAUUAAAUUCUCUAGUUCUUUUUUUUUUGCAAAAUCCGUAAAGGCAAUCCUGGUCCAAUGUGCCGGAACAAACAACCAUGAAAUCUUUGUUGAUAUAAUCAUUAAUGUCUAAAAUCUCUAAAGGUUCUAAUAAUUAUUUUCUUUUUUGAAACGUCUAGAAUAGUAUUUUAUUCAAGACAUUGAUUACUUGUUUGUGGCCACUUUCCAAAAGAACUAAAUGAUGAACUUCAGUGUAACCAUUUCCCCCAUAAUGAAGUCUUGAGUGACUGAUUUCCAGCACUUGACAUGGCCUACGACUCAGGGAACAUGGAGGUUAUUUGAAGUCCUUUUAAGCAACUCUUACCACCGUCAGUACAUUUCCAGCAGAACCGGGGCAGGGUUUCUCACCAGUUUACUUGAGGAGAUACAUCAUUUUGUCUGUGAUGCACUGAUGUUCAAAGGUACCAUGUGUAAAUAUUUGGAAAUAAUAAUUUAUGUUCUACGAAUAAGUUAUUUCAUUUUUUAUUGUCUGCUUUGUUCCGCUCUAACUUCCAGACAGCAUGAGUCACACGUCUGGAUGUCCAGGUGCAAAUAAACACGUAUGGGUUAUGUUUUGUUAAUGCAAUGUGACAGCUAUGUUCUCCUCACAGACAUGACGUGAAAUACUGUUGUAUUAUCAGUGUUUCUCCUGUAUAUAUACAUAGGAAAUAAUUAUUCACCAAACAAAAAAAAAGUAUCUGUGUUUGGCAAACUUUUUAUUAGGCUAUCAUGUUGUCUGAAACAUACUGUAAGUAGCACAUUUUAGCCCCUUAUAUUUUGUUUUACAUUAUUUACUGUUAUGAAAAUAAUAUAUUAUACUGAUUGAUACUGACGGCCUGUGAGAUGAAUGGAUAAUUAAGUGUCAUCUUUUUACUCUCAUGCAUCAAGCUUUAUCACAACAGAAAAUUAAUUGAUAACGUAUUUUUACACAAAGUAAAAUAAUCAGUAAAAUAUUUUUAACCAAAUGAAUCUAUUCUUAGAAACUGUGUGAACUGUAAUGUGUAGUAACAGGCAAAUUAAAAAUGUUUAUAAUUUAUCUUUUGUAAGUGUUGAAUGUAAUAAUAUCUUUACCUUUUUUGGUCAUUAAUACCUUAUUGUCAUGGAUUUGUUCAUAAUCUUACUCUACAUUCCUACCUCUAUCUUACCUACCAUGGAUGUGGUUACUACUCCUCAUGUUACCCAUCAUGGACUUGAUUGCAGGCCAAAUUAUUAUAAUGUCAUAAUAUUUGGUGGACUGGAGCCUACAUAUAAAUUAUCGAAUUGCU